UUCGAUAUCUAUUCCGACGUGGCAACUUACAUCCAGAGUCUGCUUCUACGUGGCUCAACUCAAUUGGAGGUCACAUUAAUCACAAAGAAGCCAGUUGCGGAGGAUUACACCCACUGCCUAGCAAGGCAUAGCCUUCCCCUUCCACACACGCCUCUGCAAAUUGUUAUCUUUCAAUCCAUCCCAUUAUCUUUUAACCUCUAAAAACACACUGCAAAAAAUGAAAAAUUAACAGAGAAAAAAAGGACAUAGAGAGGCAGAGAUUAUUCAGAAAUUAGUUUUAAGAAAUGGAGAAUCUGAUGAUUACUUGUAUUUCAAAACCUCCUGUAAUAAUCCCAACAAAACAUGACAACUUAUCUGAAUUUUCUCAACCCCCAACCAAGCUCUCCUUUACUUACACAAAAAACACCAACAACCCAAAAAUCACCGACAACCAUGUAAAGUACCUCGCACGAAGCGGCCGCCUAGCUGAAGCUGUAGCCGCUCUUGAUUCAAUUGCUCUCAGUGGGUCUCAGGUAAGACCCAAUACCUUCAUUAGUUUACUUCAGGCUUGCAUUGAUUUCGGGUCUCUCGACUUGGGUCGAAAACUCCAUGCCCGAAUCCAUUUAGUUAAAGAAAGUGACCCGUUCGUUGAAACCAAACUUGUCAGCAUGUAUGCGAAAUGUGGGUCCUUUGCUGAUGCUCGUAAGGUGUUCGAUGAAAUGAGUCAAAAGAAUUUGUACACUUGGUCUGCUAUGAUUGGUGCGUAUUCCAGAUUGUCGAGGUGGAAGGAAGUUGUGGAACUUUUCUUUUUGAUGAUGGAAGAUGGUGUUUUGCCUGAUGAAUUUUUGUUUCCGAGAAUUUUGCAAGCUUGUGCUAAUUGUGGGGAUGUUAGGACCGGGAGAUUGCUGCAUUCUUUAGUAAUUAGAUUGGGGAUGGUUUGUUAUUCACGUGUUAGUAAUUCGGUUUUAGCUGUUUAUGCAAAGUGUGGGAAAUUGAGGUCUGCGAGGAGGUUUUUCGAUUACAUGAACGAGAGGGAUAGAGUGACUUGGAAUUCAAUGUUAUUGGCGUAUUGUCAGAAGAGCGAGAAUGAUGAGGCUUAUAAAUUGUUUAAUGGGAUGUGGGGUGAAGGAAUAGAACCGUGUAUUGUUUCAUGGAAUAUAUUGAUUAAUAGUUAUAAUCAGUUAGGGCGAUGUGAUGUGGCUUUGGGGUUGAUGAAGGAGAUGGAGAGUUCUAGGGUAAGUCCUGACGUCUUUACUUGGACCUCAAUGAUCUCGGGGCUUGCACAAAAUGGUAGGAGGUGGCAGGCCUUGUUUUUGUUUAAGGAGAUGCUUUUGGCUGGGAUCAAGCCUAAUGGUGUUACCAUCACAAGUGCAGUUUCCGCUUGUGCAUCCUUGAAAGUAUUAAAGCUGGGGCUUGAAAUUCAUUCAAUUGCCCUUAGGAUGGGAAUAACUGAUAAUGUGCUUGUUGGAAACUCCCUUAUUGACAUGUAUGCUAAGUGCGGGGAACUGGAAGCUGCGAGGCAAGUCUUUGAUAUGAUUGAAGAGAAAGAUGUUUAUACUUGGAAUUCAAUGAUUGCUGGAUAUUGCCAAGCUGGGUACUGUGGGAAGGCUUAUGAGCUCUUUAUCAAAAUGCAAGAAUCUGAUGUGAAGCCCAAUGUGAUUACAUGGAAUACAAUGAUCUCAGGAUACAUACAAAAUGGAGAUGAAGAUCGAGCCAUGGAUCUUUUUCAACAAAUAGAACAGGAUGGAAAGAUUAGGAGAAAUACAGCAUCUUGGAAUGCUCUUAUCGCUGGUUAUGUGCAACUCGGGGCUAUAGACAAGGCAUUUGGAGUUUUCAGACAAAUGCAAUCAUGCUCCAUUAGUCCAAAUUCAGUAACUAUAUUGAGUAUCUUGCCUGGUUGUGCGAAUUUAAUUGCUACAAAAAAGGUGAAAGAGAUCCACAGUUGUAUUUUGCGGAGGGAUUUAGAGUUUGUAAUCUCUAUUUCAAAUUCUCUAAUAGACACUUAUGCAAAGUCAGGUAAUAUAUUAUAUUCUAGAAACAUAUUUGAUGGAAUGUCGACUCGAGAUAUUAUUUCCUGGAACUCAAUAAUAGGCGGUUAUGUUUUACAUGGUUGUUUUGAUGCUGCCCUGGAUCUCUUCUAUCAGAUGAGAAAGUUGGGGCUUAAACCUAAUAGAGGUACCUUUUUAAGUAUUAUCCUUGCACAUAGUAUUGCCAAAAUGGUGGAUGAGGGAAAACAGAUUUUUUCUAGCAUCAGUGACAACUAUGAUAUUAUACCAGCCAUAGAACAUUACUCAGCUAUGAUAGAUCUCUAUGGCCGCUCUGGUCGGCUUGGAGAAGCAAUGGAGUUUAUUGAAGACAUGCCUAUAGAGCCCGACUCCUCUGUUUGGACUUCCUUGCUAACUGCCUCUAGGAUUCAUAAGGAUAUUGCUUUGGCUGUCCUUGCAGGGGAACGAUCACUUGAUUUGGAACCAGGAAAUAUUGUUGUUAACCAAUUAAUGUAUCAGAUAUAUAGCUUGUGUGGGAAAUUGGAUGACUCUUCAAAAGUGAGAAAGCUUGAAAAAGAGAGCACAUUACGAAGAUCUCUUGGGCACAGCUGGAUUGAAGUCAGGAAUAAGGUGCAUACAUUUGUCACUGGUGAUCAAUCUAAGCCAUCCUCAAACCUUUUGCAUUCAUGGGUUCAAAACAUCACUAGAGAAGUGAACAUAGAUGACCAUCAUGGUGGGGUGUUCAUCGAGGAAGAAGAGAAAGAGGAAAUUGGCGGCAUUCAUAGUGAAAAACUUGCAAUAGCUUUUGCCUUGAUCAGCUCACCUUCGUCCCCUCAAAGUAUAAGGAUUGUUAAAAACACCAGAAUGUGUAGGAACUGCCAUUUAACUGCCAAGUAUGUUUCCUUGAGAUUUGGGUGUGAGAUAUAUCUGAGUGAUACAAAGUUCUUCCACCAUUUUAAGAAUGGGCGCUGUUCUUGUGGAGAUUAUUGGUAGAGUACUUAUGCUGGAUGUAAGAAUUAUUUGCAUGGAUUUGUCAUAUCCAAAUGCAAAGAAAUUAUCAUGGAAGCUACAGCAAUCUUCUAUGCUAGAGCACAUAUGUAAAAAAGCUUUUGUGAGAAGCUUAAGCUGAUGAUUUGAUGGGACGCUGGUCACUGAAGAAUUAAAUUUAUUUACACUCAUGAGUGGCUAAUGGGAUAUUCUUCUAUCCCAUCCAAGUCCUGAUUUUGACAGAGAAAGAUGUCGAGCAUUUGCAAGGAUUUUUACUUUUUUUUCCGAAGCUUCAGGAAGUCCUGCAAGAACUUGGAACUUGAAUUCGUCCAGUUUAAUUACUGCAGUGGAUCAUGUCUUCUUUCGAUGACUCUUGGCUAGACCUACUAAAUAGAUCUUAAAAGGCUCUCUAAUUACAGGCAUAUUGCAUUCAGAAGUGGGCUUAUGGCGUCUUGUUACAAGAAACUUCCGAUUGUCCCUUGCGAUAGGCCUUGCCAAUUGUAGAUCAUGACGGUCAUAAAGCACGUCGUAUUUUCCAUCCGUGCUUAAAUCAACAAGGAAUAAUAUACUGCGCUGAAUGAAGGGUACUUGUCAAGAUGAUGUGAAAUAUAUCUUUGUCGAGAUUCAAUUUAAACCUGGAAAUUCCAGUGAAACAUAUAUUCCAAGGUUGUACUGCCUGCAUUUGGCUUUGAAUUUCACCUAUCCUAUCCUGUUUGAAACCUCACGUUUUUCUUUUCCAUUAUAAAUGAUGAAUUUACAAUUCUAA